AUGAAACCUUACGAAAAGACAUCGAAGACUUCCGCAAGUGAAGGCCAUAACAUGGCAGCCGAUAUUAAAAAGUACUGUGACGAUUGCAUCGUGUGUAGACGCGCCAGCGACCAUGCACGUAAGAGAAUUGGCCACUUGAUUCCACUUCCCACUCCGAUCAAGUGCUUCCAACGUAUCAAUGUUGAUUUCAUUCCUAAUCUGCCGGUUGAAGAAUACAUGGUUCCGAUUACACCAGCAAAGAUGUUAUCAGUCUAUUCCAUAAAUAGAUUUUUAAGCUCCACGGUAUUCCAAUUGAAAUUGUUUCCGACAAUGAUUCCAAAAUCACCAACAUCAAGCUAUAUCUGUUCACUUGGUUCAUGUGAUUAUGGGAAAUUCAAAUAUUCAAUUGAAACCAAUCAAUUUGAAACUUUCUUUGAAGAAGAUACAUUCGAUAGAACUUGUCAUUCAUCAAUAGGUACACUAAUGAUAAAUUUAAAUUUAAAUCAGAGACACCACUUCCUUGAAAACUCACUUUCACGUUUAAAUAUCUAUCUGAAAUUAGUAAAUAGUAUGUCCUCUGAAGAAUUUGAUUGUUCGAUGAUUGAAUUAUCUUUUAAUUCGACAUUCGAUGCUAUUAAUUUAUUAUCUAUCGCUUCUUCAUCAAUUGGUACAUUCGAAUCUAAUUUAAUAGGUGUAGAUAAUGAUUCAAAUGAUAAGAGUAACAAUAGAGGUAUGAUAUCGAAUACCUAUCUUAAGAGAGAGGAGACAUCGCGUAACUAUCAUCUACUUCUAUUAAUUAAUAUGCUAUCCUAUCAUAUCCUAUCAUAUCCUAUCCAAUCUAAAUCAUAUUUUCAACUUGCUAAUCAAAUUUAUACAUAG